GGGCCGACCGGAAGUGUGUUGGAUUUCCUGUUUGAUCCUCUGCUUCGCCUACUUGGCUUCUUUUUAAAUAAACCUCCGUGAAUAACAGCCGGAUUAUAUACGUAUUUACACAUCAUUUUCUGUUAAACAAACACUUUAACCACUGUCGGAUUGUACUGUCAUGGCGGAGGAAAGACACAUUUAGGCAGAAGGAAAGUCUAAACUCUGGACCGGGUCCUGAUCACUCUGCAAACACCAUGAGGUGACGACUGUGACUUCUUGUAUUGUUGCCCACCGGGACAGAUGGCAAGGAUCACGUUCUCCUGCCUGCCGGCCUCCUGGCACUGCAGCGUGUCCCUUCUGUCUCUGGGCUGCGCUCCCAGGCAGAGGCUGCUGCUGCUGCUCUUCAUCACCUCCACCCUGCUGCUGCUGGGGACCUACCAGAGGCAGCUGUGGGGCCUGGGGCAGCACCCCGGCCACCGAGUCAACAAGUACCUCUCCAUCGCAGAGACCAUGGAGGCCACGGACGUCCUGAACCCGGCUCUGAACUACGGCGUGGUGGUGGACUGUGGCUCCAGCGGCUCCAGGGUCUUUGUGUACUACUGGCCCCCCCACAACGGGAACCCCCACACGUUGCUGGACAUCCGACAGAUGAAGGACCGCGACCGCAAACCUGUCGUCAAGAAAAUCAAACCUGGGAUCUCCACCCUGGCCACCUCUCCCACUCGGGCCAGUGAUUACCUCUACCCUCUGCUGAGCUUCGCUGCUGCUCACGUCCCGAGGAGCAAACACAAAGAGACGCCGCUCUACAUCCUGUGCACCGCCGGCAUGAGGCUGCUGCCGGACAGCCAGCAGACGGCCAUCUUGGAGGAUCUGAUCACUGACGUUCCUCUGGAUUUCGACUUCCUGUUCUCCAGCUCUCAUGCUGAGGUCAUCUCUGGGAAACAAGAAGGAGUGUAUGCGUGGAUCGGGAUAAACUUUGUGUUGGGCCGCUUCGAUCACGCUGAUGAUGAGGAAGCCACAGUGGAGGUGACGACAGGCUCUCAGAACCAGCAGCCAAUCAGCAGGCGGCGCACAGUAGGCAUCAUGGAUAUGGGCGGGGCUUCACUGCAGAUCGCCUACGAGGUGCCGAGCGCCAUCACCUUCAGCUCUCCACAGGAAGAGGAGGCGGGGAAGAGUGUGUUGGCCGAGUUUAACCUGGGCUGUGAUGUGGAGCACACGCAGCACGUCUACAGAGUCUACGUCACCACCUUCCUGGGCUUCGGAGGAAACAUGGCCCGACAGCGCUAUGAGGAGCAGCUGCUCAACAACACCUUCACCAAGAACAGGCUCCUGACCACGCAGCUGGGUCUGAGCGAGGACAAGCCGUACCUGGACCCGUGUCUGCCGCUCAGCCUGCAGGACAGCGUGGUGAGAGAGAACCGGACCCUGAGCCUCAGAGGGCAGGGGGACUGGACCCGGUGCCAGGAGGCCGUCAGACCCUUCCUGGGGAUCCACAACGGUACCAUGUCCCCGGGGGGAGUCUACCAGGCUCCCAUCAACUUCAGUAACAGUGAGUUUUACGGCUUCUCUGAGUUCUUCUACUGCACGGAGGACGUUCUGCGGCUCGGAGGACAGUACGACAGCAGGAAGUACUCCAAAGCUGCUAUGGACUACUGCGCCACCAAGUGGUCGACACUGAAACAGCGUCUGGACAACAAGCUGUUCUCUCAGCAGGCCGACAUCAGCCGACUCAAGUAUCAGUGCUUCAAGUCGGCCUGGAUGUUCGAGGUGCUGCACUCCGGCUUCAGAUUCCCCCCCGACUACCGGAGCCUGAGGACGGCUCAGCUGGUUUAUGAUAAGGAGGUGCAGUGGACUCUGGGAGCCAUUCUGUUCAAAACACGCUUCCUGCCCCUCAGGGACCUCCAGCAGGAGACCCUCCGUCAGAACCACCCCAGCUGGCUGCGCUCCUCCUUCCUCUACAACCACCACCUGUUCUCCCUGUGUGUGCUGGUGGUGGUGCUGGCCAUCCUGCUGUACAUCCUGCGUCUGAGGAGGAUCCACCAGAGGGAGCAGCGGCAGAACGAGACCCUCAAGCUGCUGUGGGCCGAGGAGGGGGAGGCGCUGCUGGCCUGAGAGGGGAGGGCACAACACCUCAUUAGUGUGAGAACAGAGGGACCUGGAAUUACUGCCCAGCUGUGGGACCGGGACAGAUUUGUUUUUACAGGGAAAAGGACACUUGGGACGGCCAAACUCAAAACCUAGAUUGAUCCAUUCUAGGGGAGAAUAUGAUAUGAUAUGAUUCCCCUCUGAAUGAAAACAUAGUACAGAGGAACCUGGAAUGACUCACCAGCUGACGGUGUGACUGGGCCAGAUCUGUUUUUACAUGGAAAAGGACAUGUCUAAUGACCCUGGGAAUCAAACUCCACUCAAAUUGAUCAAUUUUAGGGGAGAAUAUGAUUUCCCCCUGAAUGUAAAAUAAAAAGCCAUUGUGAGUACAGAACGUGAGUACAGAACGUGAGUACAGAACGUGAGUACAGAACGUGAGUACAGAACGUGAGUACAGAACGUGAGUACAUAACGUGAGUACAGAACGUGAGUACAGAACGUGAGUACAGAACGUGAGUACAGAACGUGAGUACAGAACGUGAGUACAGAACGUGAGUACAGAACGUGAGUACAGAACGUGAGUACAUAACGUGAGUACAGAACGUGAGUACAGAACGUGAGUACAGAACGUGAGUACAGAACGUGAGUACAGAACGUGAGUACAUAACGUGAGUACAGAACGUGAGUACAGAACGUGAGUACAUAACCUGAGUACAGAACGUGAGUACAGAACGUGAGUACAGAACGUGAGUACAGAACGUGAGUACAGAACGUGAGUACAUAACGUGAGUACAGAACGUGAGUACAGAACGUGAGUACAGAACGUGAGUACAGAACGUGAGUACAGAACGUGAGUACAGAACGUGAGUACAGAACGUGAGUACAUAACGUGAGUACAGAACGUGAGUACAGAACGUGAGUACAGAGGAACCUGGAAUUACUCUCCAGCCGAUGGCGUGACUUCGCCAUAUAUUUUUUUUGCGUGGAAGAAGGCUCUCCAACGAUGCUGGGAACCAAACGCCACAGUUCAAUCUUGCAGCUUUAAACAAAGAGCCAAUCACAGACUGGAAUCUUGUUCUCUGGGUUCCUUCUUUGGAAGAGGAAGAGAAUCAACUUGAAGCAACAGGAGUAUCGUAAGUUCUCCACCAAUAUCUCCCUGACGUGAAGCCGUGCGUCGGUCAAUGUCUUCACUCUUGAGCAGCAGAAGAUGAUCGGGUUAUACAUUUCUGUUCAACGUCCAUUUAGGAAGCUGUCUUCAGGCACAUAGGCGAGAAAGAAAGUGUUUCUAUAGGGGCCACAUGUUUCUAUAGCUUUCCAUGACAGAUGUAUACAUGGGAGGAUUUGAAACGCCUGCAGGCAGCGUGGCUCACCCUGAUGACUCUGAGGAUGUUUCAUCUAGGUCAGUUAAUCAUUUCUGUACAGGACCAGAUACCUCUUAGACACAUCUCGCUGUACUUUGAUCUCACGUCGAUGUGUUUCUGUUAAUGUGAUGACGAGGAGGUGAAAACCUUCCCAUGUUCUCAAGUUUACACCGUUUGAUACGAGACAUGUGCAUGAGUUGGUCGCUUGAUGGUUCAAAAUAGGGUUUAUUGUCAGUCUAACAUUAAUUUAUUCAAUAUAACUUUACAUUUCGGUUUAAUUACCUUUUUAAAGACAUCGGGUUUUAUUUUGUUAACUUUUCCAAGACAUUCCUAGUUAUGAGAACUGAUAUUAAUUACAGUUACUCUGCAAUACCUGCGAAGUACUUGAGUAACCCUGUUAGCUUUGGUUGGUUUCAUUUGAUGUUAAAGCGUAUCGAAGUGGUAUCACGUUGCCGUCAUUAUCACAAAGACCACCGGGCCUCUUUCUGUUUGCUCCAAAGUCUGCUACUAGAAUAACAUUUAGCAACACAAUGAUUCAUUUCCAAUGUUGCUCAGAGCAUCCUGUCAACACACUAUUGAUUUCCCUCACUGCGAAAACACACAGCUGCUAACCUUUAUGCAAAUGAGUGCAUGAUGACGUGACCAAUAGAGAGCGUACGAAGUUGAUGAUGCUCACGACUUCCAUUGCAAAAAUUGCUUUAUCGCCACCUUAAAAUGUUAAUUUAGUUUUAGCUAAAGCUGAAGGAGACGCAUCUGACGGUGUAGAACUGAGCCUGGGUGGAGGCGUGUGGCGCAGUGGGUUAGUGCGUUGGUGUUCGGAUCAGAGGAGCACAGGUUCAAACCCCACUGUGUCAGCAUGUCGUUGUGUCCCUGGGACACCUCACCCCACAGUAUUGAGUAUGUAAGUCGCUUUGGAUACAAGCGUCUAACAAGUGACAUGUAAUGAGAAUCUGAGCCUGAAAUGUCCCAAAGUGGCCACCAUACAGGAAGACAUCUUGCAUUGAACAACUUGGUUUGAGGCUAUUUCAUCCCGGGUGCUUCAGAUUUGUCUAGAUUGUAUCUUACUCUUUCCACAUGUGACCUUGAGCGUUUCCUAACAGACUUAAACACGACAUUCCCUCGUUCACGCUAAAUAAAAAGCAGAGGAGACGAAGCUUUUUUUCUCUUAGUGUUUGAAAGCCCCUUUUUUUUGAACCACUACUUAGCAUCUGGAAUGUUCCCCCACCGCCAGUGACAUCACCCUGAGAGCAGCUUCCUCUCCUGCCGUCAGAGAUACGGUUUCUCCUCCUGGGAUGGUUUCCUUUCGUCCGAUGAUGUCAGCUUCUCUGAUAACCGUCUGCCACUCGUUCCUGUCGAGACCUCCGAUGUUUAUCAGAGGAGAGACGCAGCCAAGAGGCUUUUUAGAUGAAAUAAGCCCAGAGAUCUGCUCAGUGUUUGGAUGAAGGCGCUGACAGCUGACCAAGGCCCGGAGCGUCUGUUUAAACUGAUUCGAACGCACGAAAAAGGGUCAAAAUGGAUGAAAACGGUUUUCAAAUAGAGCCGUGUAUGAGGAAUAAAGCCUUACCCUUAUUUUACAUCCUAAUGUGUUUCAAAGCCGUACAAAUUAAGCCACUGUUAUUUUUGACUGACCAUGACGAUGCAAAAAAAAGUGGGAGGUCUUUUUUUAAUGUCCAAAGAAUUCAGAAUCUCUCAUUACUUUCUGAUUUUAAAGUGGGGCAUGACUCAUCGAACAACAUGAUGAUGACACCCAUUGUUUUAAAAUGUGUGUAACGUGAUUCCUCUUGUGCUGAAUGUGUCCUCCACACACUCUCUCUUUGUUCGUCCUGACACAGAUGAGUUGUGACACGUCUGUCAAACUCUCUGUGUGUGUGUGUGUGUGUGUGUGUGUGUGUGUGUGUGUGUGUGUGUGUGUGUGUGUGUGUGUGUGUGUGUGUGUGUGUGUGUGUGUGUGUGUGUGUGUGUGUGUGUGUGUGUGUGUG